UUGCAUUGUAGAACAGAAUGGAUCUAUCCAAUUGAUGAAAAUUUGGAAAAACAAUUACGGCAAGUCGCCUACUUUUGCAGAUUUGCACAUCGGAAUAACGUCAUAAGCGCAUUACUCGAGCAAUCCGAAGGAGCAUUUGUGAUUCGACUAUCGGAAUCUAAACGAAAAUGUCUGGCACUUAGUGUCCGAGUACCAUUCAGUCAUAAUCCUACUGGUGUAUCGCACUACCUUAUAAUCAGAAAUAACAACGGAUUCAAACUGAGGGGUUCAAAUAAGUACUUUCCAUCAAUACCAAUGCUUGUUACACAUCACUCUGUAAUGCCGGAACAGCUCCCAUGUCGACUGAUAUUUGCCCAUUGGGGUAAUAGAUGGAAAUGUACUGAAACGAAUAAUAAUUACGAUUAUCCACCAAAUGACAAUGAUGACAAAUGCUCGAAAGUGGGAAACGACAAUCAGUGA